AUGGCCCGAAAGCUACUCGUAACCGACGACGCCCCGAUCAUUCGUGAAAUGGUCAAAGACGCACUCAGCAGCGCAGGCUGGGAGAUUGUGGGCGAGGCCAGCAACGGUCAGGAAGCGAUCGAUCAGUUUCGUACGCUCCGUCCGAAUGCCGUGACUCUGGAUAUGGUUAUGCCCGAAUUCGAUGGGAUGCAUGCCUUGAAGGGUAUUCGGGAGCUGGACCCAAACGCUACGGUAGUGAUGGUCAGCGCAGUCGAGCAAACCGCCGUGCUCAAAGAGGCGAUUCAAGCCGGGGCAUCCGACUUCAUCGUAAAGCCGUUCGAAAAGAGCAUUCUGGUGGAAACCCUGAACAAACUCGUGCCAGAUCAGCCCACGCUCACGGAGUCAGACACGAUGUCAGCUCAGACGUUGCAGCGCACAUGGAACUACGCGUCACUCGCCCGCGACGCAUACCGUCUUAAAAAGUCCCGCGACGAGCGCACCGCACAAGCGGCUCGAAAUCAUCUAGUCCAGCGGAUGGGACGCAUGCGGGGGCUGCCUCAAAAGCUUGGCCAAAUGCUGAGCUUCUCGAACGAGCCUUCGACCAGCGAAUGUGCCAGCAGUUCAUUCGAGACGCUGCAAGAAGCGGCCGAUCCCCUGCCACUCGAAACGAUUCUCGUACAGCUACAAUCGGCUUGGGGUUGCCCCUCUGAGCAGGUGCUUGCCGAGAUCGAGCCACAAGGCCAUGCGGCAUCGCUUGGGCAGGUGCAUCGAGCCCGACUGCACGAUGGCAGCGAAGUGGCCAUCAAAGUUCAAUAUCCGGGUAUUCGCGAUGCGGUUAUUCAUGACCUCAAGAUGCUUGGCUGGCUGAGCAUUCCCGUCGGCAACCUCAAGCGUGGUUUUGAUCUCUCCGCCUAUCAAUCGACCGUACUCGAUGACCUUCAGUGCGAACUCGACUAUCGCCAAGAAGCCCACCUGCAAGCAGCAUUUGCCGACUGGAGUUCCGCUUCGAAUUGGCUCGAUGUUCCCAGUCCCAUCGAGCAAUGGUCUACGCCGACUGUGUUGAUGAGCUCGUGGGAGGAAGGUGAACACUGGGAAGAUGUCAAACGGAAUUGGACCGCGGCUGAAAGGCGGCAGCUCGCACGGGCCUUUGUCCAGUUCUUCUGCGAAGGAUUGUUUGGCCGAGGGCUAGUGCACGCCGAUUGGCAUCCAGGCAAUCUUCGCUUCCGUCGCCAGGGUGAUAAGGUCUCGCUGUUGGUCUACGACUUUGGCUGUGUCUUUCAGCCGACACAGCAGCAUCGCCUCUCCCUGCUCCGACUCAUUCGUGCCACCGGCACGCGCUGCGAGCCUCCCCUGCCCUUGUUGAUGGCUUUAGGGUUCAACGAGGAAUAUCUCGCACCGAUGCAGGACAAACUUCCCGCCUUGUGCAAGGUGCUGUUCGAGCCCUUUACUGCUGAAGCACCCUUCGAUGUCUCGCGGUGGCGUCUUGGCGAACGGGUGGGGGAUAUCCUCGGCGACGACCGAUGGAACUUCCGCAUGGCUGGCCCGCCGCAACUCAUUUUCUUGCUGCGAGCCAUGCACGGGCUGAAGUAUUACCUGCAGGGACUCGGAGAAUCCGUGCCCUGGACGCGGCACAUUCAACCUCACCUGAAGGAAAUGGCAGAGGAAUUGGACGCCCUCGAAUUGCCGCAGCCUCGAACCACUGGCAAAGGCUUCGAAUCCCUCGCCAAGCAUCUGAAAAUUCGUGUUCAGGAAGGUGGCGCGACCAAAGUGCAGCUCACCUGCCUGGCUUCGGCGAUCGAUGAUCUGGAAGAACUGUUGCCAGUGGAUGUGAAACGACGAAUCCUCGAACGGCGUAUCGAUCUUUCGGCGAUCGUCAGCGACGUCCGUCGUCGUGGCUACGCACCGGGCGAAGUGUUUCGGCUCAACGACGGUGACAAAACAAUCGAAACCUGGCUUGAGUAG